AGGAAGCGGAAGUGAGGCUUCCUGCCUGUCAGAGUCGGUGUGUUACUCCGCGGUCCUGAAAUCUAGGAAAAUCGUUUUCGCUCCGCUUUUCCUGGCUGUCAAGGACUUCCCCCGUGCAGGGUGGGAGUGCAGAGAGUGAACCGUCGCGAGAUGAGCACGAUGUUCGCAGACACGCUGCUCAUCGUUUUUAUCUCCGUGUGCACCGCUCUGCUUGCCGAGGGUAUAACUUGGGUCCUGGUUUACAGGACAGACAAGUACAAGAGACUGAAGGCAGAAGUGGAAAAACAGAGUAAAAAAUUGGAAAAGAAGAAGGAAACAAUAACAGAGUCAGCUGGUCGACAACAAAAAAAGAAAAUUGAGCGGCAAGAAGAGAAACUGAAGAAUAACAACAGAGAUCUGUCAAUGGUUCGAAUGAAAUCCAUGUUUGCAAUUGGCUUUUGUUUUACUGCCUUAAUGGGAAUGUUUAAUUCCAUAUUCGAUGGCAGAGUGGUGGCAAAGCUGCCUUUCACCCCCCUGUCCUACAUCCAGGGGCUGUCUCACCGAAACUUGCUCGGGGAUGACACCACAGACUGUUCCUUCAUCUUCCUGUAUAUUCUCUGUACCAUGUCAAUUCGACAGUGCUGAAAUGAUUGAAGAGGGGACAAAGUUGAGAAAUAGAGAACAUCCAGAAGAUUCUUGGCCUUGCCCCUUCGCGAGCUGCCACAAAGCAGGCAGGUGGAUUUCUUGGCCCUCCACCUCCUUCUGGGAAGUUCUCUUGAAAUCAAGAAGAACCCUAUAUUUCUGUCAUUCUUUUCAGAUAUUCAGAUCAGACCCAGCAACUAUUUUACAGCAAGAGCCAUAGGCAGCCUUAGCACUUGGGCUAAUUUCUAGAUUUGAGUUAUUUUUAGGCUUUUUGGGGGGUAUAAUUUGAAUAAGAACAGUACCUAACAAACGCGAUAGUGCUUUUGGUUACAGAUUAAUUUUUUUUUAACAAGUGUGUUGAUUAAUUAAGCCCAGGUGAUGUUUAUCUAAUGAGAAACAAAUUCGUAUUUUGCUUACAUGAAUAUUUCUGUGGGGUCAACUUUCAAGUAUGUUCUGUGUGCCAUGUAUCUUGGAAGUUGGCUCUCCAUGAGCAUUUUGAGAUCUGGAAGAAAAAUUUAGUUUAUGUAACUCUUAGUUGAAACUAUAUGUUGUGUGUGUGUGUGUGUGUGUUUUUUUUUUAAGCAGAAUACAUUACCUGAGAUCUAAUAAAAAAGGCUAGAAUUUUACUUAUUUCAUCUACAA